AAAAAAAAUUGACGUAUGCUGCAAUAUGCUAGUUUAAAUAUUUAUUUUAUAAUGGAAUCAACAUUAGAAAUUCUUUCAAGUAAUAAAAAUCACGCUAUAUUUUCACGAGCUUUAUCAUUUACAGAAGAACUUGGUACUAAUCUUUUAUUUAAAUGCAAUCCAGAUUCUUUUAAAAAUGCACAUGUUACUUCAAUGGAACAAUAUAGUAGCAUGUAUAAAGAGUCUAUAGAAAAUCCUGAAAAAUUUUGGACAAAUAUUGCUGAUGAUUUUUUCUGGAAAUAUAAAUGGACCGGGAAAUUUAUGGAUUACAACUUUGAUUUGUCAAAAGGAAAUGUUUUUGUGAAGUUUAUGGAGGGAGGAAAAACUAAUAUAUGCUAUAAUGUCCUUGAUAGAAUUGUUAAUGAAAAGAAACUAGGAGAUAAAGUUGCAUUUUACUGGGAAGGCAACGAAUUUAGCGAGUCAAAAAAGUAUACGUAUUCAGAUUUACUGAAAGAGGUUUGCAAGUUUGCAAAUGUUUUGAAAGAAAAAGGAAUUAAAAAAGGCGAUCGUGUGGCUAUAUAUAUGCCGAUGAUCAUUGAAUUAGUUGUCGCAAUGUUGGCAUGUGCUAGAAUUGGAGCCAUCCAUUCAAUAGUUUUUGCAGGUUUUUCUGCUGACUCGCUUGCAGAUAGAAUGAUUGAUGGUCAGUGCUCUAUAUUAAUCACAGCAGAUGGUGGUUGUCGAGGAACUAAAGAACUUGACCUAAAAUCAGUUGCUGAUGUUGCUAUUGCAGAAUGUGCAGAAGCUGGACUUGUUGUUUCAUUGUGUAUUGUUGUCAAAAAUAUAAAAACAAAUCUUUUUGAUGAAUGCUCCUCAACAAAGAGAUCCAAGGACGAGACUACAAGUUGGAAUUCUAACAUUGAUGUUUGGUGGCAUGAUGUAAUGGAAAAUGUUAAUGAUGAGUGCGAAUGUGAAUGGAUGGAUGCCGAAGAUCCUUUAUUUAUAUUAUAUACAAGUGGUUCAACAGGCAAACCAAAAGGAGUUGUGCAUACUGUCGGAGGAUAUAUGAUUUACACAGCUACUACAUUUAAGUACACAUUUGAUUACCACAAUGAAGAUAUCUAUUGGUGUACUGCUGAUAUAGGGUGGAUUACAGGACAUUCUUAUAUUGUUUAUGGUCCAAUGGCUAAUGGCGCAACAAGUGUUUUAUUCGAAGGUCUCCCAAUUUAUCCAGAUGCUGGUCGAAUGUGGUCCAUUUGUGAAAAGUAUCGAGUCUCUAAGUUUUAUACUGCGCCAACUGCCAUUCGAUUGUUGAUGAAGUAUGGAAGAGAGUUUGUCAAGAAGUAUGAUCGAUCAAGUUUAACUGUUCUUGGUACUGUUGGAGAACCCAUUAAUCCAGAAGCAUGGUUAUGGUAUUAUAAUGUGGUUGGUGAAGAAAGAUGCUAUAUUGUUGACACAUUUUGGCAAACAGAGACUGGAGGUCAUAUGAUCACAGGAUUGCCCGGAGUAACUCCUAUGAAACCAGGAUCAGCUAGUUUACCGUUUUUUGGUGUGGUGCCAGCUAUUGUUGAUGAAGAAGGGAAAGAAUAUGAAAAAACAAUCGUAGAUCAUGGUUUUUUGGUUUUCAAACAACCCUGGCCUGGUAUGAUGCGCACAUUAUAUAACAAUCAUUCAAGAUAUGAAAGUGCUUAUUUUGAACGCUUUAAAGGUUAUUACUGUGCAGGCGAUGGGUGCAAUCGAGAUGAAGACAGCUACUAUUGGAUUACAGGUCGAAUUGAUGAUCUAAUGAAUGUAUCUGGUCAUUUAUUAAGCACCGCACAAAUUGAAAGUGCGCUGAUUGAACAUUCUUCGGUAGCUGAGGCUGCAGUUGUUGGAUUUACACACAGUAUUAAAGGAACAGGAAUUUAUUGCUUUGUAACCCCUAAAAAUGGAAUUCGUUUUUGUGACGCUCUCGUAUCAGAGUUAAACGAAAAAGUUCGUGCUCGGAUUGGACCAAUUGCUACGCCAGAUUUUAUCCAGUGCGCUCCGGGUUUGCCCAAGACUCGUUCGGGUAAAAUAAUGCGACGUAUAUUACGUAAAAUUGCAGAUGGUGACCGUGACGUUGGAGAUACAACAACUUUAGCGGACCCAAACGUGGUCGAGGAACUUUUUAAGAAUAAACCUAAUUAACGAGCACUUUUUUAUCAGAUAUUUUUUAGGGCAUUUUGAACUUAGAAAUAAAGGUUCUUUUAGAGUAGGAAAAUAUGAAAUGUAUUUUUUUAUUUUUAUUUAUGCUUUCUAUCGUUUUUCACUAUAAGAAUUUUUAACAUUUUUUAAAUUAUUUUUUUGACUUAUCAAUUCAAUGUAAAAUCUGUUUGAAGUUAACUAGGUAACUAGGUUUGUAUGUUUUGUGAAGUUUAGAAUACUUUUUCAUUUUUACAUAAUAAAUAUAUUUAUGAA